CAUCUUUAGAAGCUACAGCUGCAGCACACAACAGAUACUCCAUCCUACCUCCAGCUCGGAGCAAAGAGAGCAGCUGCUAGUUUAGUUGCGACGAUAGUGUGUGUGUGGCUUGUGAGAACCGAGUGAGUGAUCAUAUUCAUAUGGCGGCGUCUCUGCUCAGCCUGUACACCAGCGGCAGCGGCCGGGGCAGGAGGGUCCACACCAGGAGCGGCGGCCGCCGGUCGGCUGCGGCGGUGAAGCAGCUGCUGUCGAGGUUGAGGCGCUCUUGGAGGAGACGCCCGGCGCGGCCGAGGCGAAGCGCGGUCAGGUUCGGCUAUGACCUGCAUAGCUACUACCAGAACUUUGACGACGGCAUUGCCUCCUCCGGCCACCACCGCUUGUAGUUGUAGUUGUACUGUACCUAGCUAGCUAGUAGUGUACAAUAAUUCUCUCUACCCUCUCUUGCCAACUUGUGUACUUAAUUAUGGUGGCUACUGAUUGCCGGCGACUAUUAUUAUUAGCUCGUGCAGUCAUUGACUCAUUUUUCUGUGUGUAGUCAGGACUCAGGAGUAGUAUAUAUAUACUCCGUACGCAUGUAAGAGUAAGACUAAAUCUGCAAGCCAAGCAGAAUGAUGCUUAAUUUGUUGUAGCGAUAUUUGAAGCUUGGAAUAGAAAUGGUUUCUGUAUAAAUUUAAA